CGCCCGCCCGGCCGGGGCUCCGCUGGCUCCGCUCCGCUCCGGCGGCAGCGGCACAGACGGCGCGGCGGCUCCGAGCCAUGAGCGCUCCGCGGCGGGCGGGCAGCGCGCUCCGCGCCCGGCAGCCGGGCGCUUCCUUCCCGCGGGACGGGACCGCUCGCGGACUAAAAACUCUGUGGAUACAAUGAAGUGGCUCUGGGACUCUUGGUUUAGCAGGAAAAAUUAAAUAAACCAAUCUGUUUCCACUACUAGGAGUAAAGACCAGUAAAGACAAAGCAGGAUGAAAAGAUGGCUGACUUCUUGUUACCACCGGGUACUAACAGCUUCCACCGGUUCACGCCUGAGUCCUUGGCUGCCAUCGAGAAACGGAUCGCGGAGAAGCUUGCAAGGAAUGCGAAGCAGGAAUACAGAGAGCAGCUGGGCGAGGAAGAGAAGCCUCAGCCUCAGUUUGAUUUGCAAGCUUGCAAGAAGCUGCCCGAUAUCUAUGGGACUGUUUCUCCAGAGCUCAUUGGGGAGCCCCUGGAGGACAUCGACCCUUUCUACAAUGACCGCAAGACAUUUAUAGUACUGAACAAAGGGAAGACAAUCUUUCGAUUUAGUGCCACUCCUGCCUUGUAUAUACUUAGUCCUUUCCAUCCAAUCAGAAGAGCAGCAAUUAAAAUUUUGGUACAUUCAUUGUUCAGUAUGUUUAUUAUGUGCACUAUUUUAACUAAUUGUGUGUUCAUGGCACAGUCAGAGACUCCGUCAUGGAAUAAAUAUGUUGAGUACACUUUCACUGGCAUUUACACUUUUGAGUCGUUGAUAAAAAUAUUGGCAAGAGGAUUUUGCAUGACAGAAUUCACCUUCCUUCGAGAUCCAUGGAACUGGCUGGAUUUCAGUGUUAUUGUUAUGGCAUACAUAACUGAAUUUGUGGACCUGGGCAAUGUCUCAGCCUUACGAACGUUCAGAGUACUGCGGGCGCUGAAAACAAUCUCAGUCAUUUCAGGGCUGAAGACCAUUGUAGGGGCACUUAUCCAGUCUGUUAAGAAACUUGCUGAUGUGAUGAUCCUGACCGUUUUCUGCUUGAGUGUCUUUGCCCUCAUAGGCCUCCAGCUCUUCAUGGGCAACUUGAGACACAAGUGUGUCAGGGAUUACACCAUGUUUAACUUCACCAAUGGCUCGUUGUAUUUGGAUGGUAGGAUGUGGAACACCUCGGAGGAAUUUCUUAGUGAUCCAGUGAACUAUUUCAUAAAAAAUGGUACAGAAGAUGUGUUACUGUGCGGCAAUAGCACUGAUGCUGGCUCGUGCCCUGAGGGGUAUAUAUGUCUGAAGGCUGGGGAAAAUCCUGACCAUGGUUACACAAGCUUUGACACUUUUGGCUGGGCCUUUCUCUCUUUGUUCCGUCUUAUGACUCAAGAUUGUUGGGAGCGUCUUUACCAACAGACUCUCAGAUCUGCUGGGAAGAUCUACAUGCUUUUUUUUAUGCUGGUCAUCUUUCUGGGUUCAUUUUAUCUGGUCAACCUGAUUCUGGCUGUUGUGGCCAUGGCAUAUGAAGAGCAGAACCAAGCCACUAUUGCUGAAACAGAAGAGAAGGAAAGAAAGUUUCGAGAAGCCAUGGAGAUGUUAAAGAAAGAGCAGGAGGCGCUCGCUGCUAAAGGAAUUGAUUCAAUGUCACUUAGUUCAUUGGAAAUGUCACCCAAAAGUGGGAAAGAAAGAAGAAAUAAGCGAAAGAAAAAGAAAUCUUUGGGGACAGAUGAGUAUGUGGAAGACCAAAGGAAUCCCAACUGUGAUUACGACGAUGGUCAGAGGAGGAUGACUCUCCUUGGCAUUAGUUAUGGUCCCAGCGCAAACUUGGUGAAGCGCAGAACCAGCCACGGAAGCGUUUUCAGUUUCCGACUCCGUGGCAGAGACACUUGCUCCGAAACAGAUUUUGCCGAUGAUGAGAUCAGCAUCGCUGGGGAAAAUGAAAGCCACCGGGGCUCUCUCUUAAUUCCAAGAUCUGGGAGACGUCCAAGCGUGCAAAGUCAAGUGAGCCAUAGUUCUCACCCUACUACUCCCAACUACACCCAGACGGGCAAAAGGAACAGCUCAGUGGAUUGCAAUGGUGUGGUUUCCCUGAUAGGAGGAGGCAUCGGGGCACUCAACCCAGACCCUACUUCUCCUGCAGGGUUACUGCUCCCCCCAGUUAUUUUGGAAAAGCCUGGGACAGGCGACCUGACCUCUCCCUCGGACGAGGCGAGCAAGAAACAGCUUUUAAUGCCCCACCGCCCCUCCGUGGACCACUCGGACGAGCCCUUUCAGAGGCAGAGGGCAGUGAGUGCUGUCAGCAUCAUCACCAGUGCCCUGGAAGAGCUUGAGGAAUCACACCAGAAAUGUCCUCCCUGCUGGAACCACUUUGCUGUUAAAUUCCUCAUUUGGGAUUGCUGCCCUCUUUGGCUUUUGAUCAAGAAAUUUGUCAAGUUUGUGGUAAUGGACCCAUUUACUGACCUCACCAUCACCCUCUGCAUUGUGCUGAACACGCUCUUCAUGGCCCUGGAGCAUUAUAAGAUGACGAAGGAGUUUGACCACAUGCUUUACAUAGGCAAUUUGGUCUUCACUGGGAUUUUCACAGCAGAAAUGGUCUUCAAAGUAAUUGCCCUUGACCCCUACUACUAUUUUCAGCAAGGCUGGAAUAUUUUUGACAGCAUAAUUGUUAUUCUAAGCCUGAUGGAACUGGGUUUGUCCAGCAUGGGAAACCUGUCUGUUUUACGCUCCUUUCGACUGCUGCGGGUCUUCAAGUUGGCGAAGUCCUGGCCGACCUUAAACACGCUCAUUAAAAUCAUUGGUAACUCAGUGGGUGCCCUCGGUAACCUCACGCUCGUGCUGGCAAUCAUCGUCUUUAUUUUCGCCGUGGUAGGGAUGCAGCUUUUUGGGAAAAGCUACUUGGACAACGUGAAGAAGAUAAGCAAGACUGGCAAUUUGCCACGGUGGCACAUGAACGAUUUCUUCCACUCGUUCCUCAUCAUCUUCCGGAUUUUGUGUGGAGAGUGGAUCGAGACCAUGUGGGACUGUAUGGAAGUAGCUGGGCAGCCACUGUGCCUUCUUGUCUUCUUGUUGGUCAUGGUGAUAGGAAACCUGGUGGUGCUCAACCUGUUCCUUGCCUUGCUGCUAAGCUCCUUCAGCGCUGACAACCUCUCGGCACCAGACGAGGAUGGGGAGCUGAACAACCUGCAGCUCGCUUUUGCUCGGAUCAACAGGGGCCUCCAGUAUGCCAAAAAAGCCAUGUGGAAUUUUUGCUGCCACGUCCUCCGGCACCCCAAGACAACAGCUGAAAAGAAGGCAAUGAUGAAGCUCGCUGCCCAGAACCCAGGUGCCCUUAACAACUGCGUGAACAGCCACACCACCGCUGAGCUCGGCAAGGACAUGGAGAAUCACAAGGAGAAUCACGCUGAGGAUGGGAUGAAUAAAAAUGGAGAGAAACACCUAGGAAUUACAGAAAAUGAUGAUUUUAUGACCAAUCCUGACCUGUCCAUUUGUGUUCCUAUUGCUGUGGGAGAGUCGGAUAUCGAGGAGGAAGAUGAGGAGCAAAGCACCUUUACGGAAAUGGAGCAGCAGGAAAAACAACUGCAGCUGAGGGGGCAGCGAGGUCAAAGCCCAGGAGUCCGGAGUCAGAACUCUGAGAUUUGUGAAGAGUUAAGUGAGUUGCACAUGGAUAAGCAGUUGAAGGCUGAGCCACCACCUCCAGUAGGGCAAAAAGAGCUUGAUGAAAUCAGUCUUUCUGAAGGCAGCACAGUGGAUUUGACAAAUCCUGCAGAACUGCUGGAGCAGAUCCCCGAGUUUGCUGAGGAGCUGAUGGAGCCUGAGGAUUGCUUCCCCGAAGUUUGUGUGCGAUUCUUCCCAUGCUGUUCAGUGGACAUCACAAAAUUUCCAGGCAAAAUUUGGUGGAGGCUGAGAAAAACCUGCUACAGAAUCGUCGAGCACAACUGGUUUGAAACUUUCAUCAUAUUCAUGAUCCUGCUGAGCAGUGGAGCCCUGGCCUUUGAAGAUAUUUACCUUGAAGACCGAAAAAACAUAAAAACCAUGCUGGAAUAUGCUGACAAAGUAUUCACUUACAUCUUUGUCUUGGAAAUGCUCCUGAAAUGGGUGGCUUAUGGCUUCAAGAAGUAUUUCACCAAUGCCUGGUGCUGGCUGGACUUCCUUAUCGUGGAUGUCUCUUUAAUAAGCCUCGUCGCCAACACACUUGGAUACUCUGAGAUGGGUCCCAUUAAAUCCCUCAGGACUCUCCGAGCUCUGCGACCACUGAGAGCUUUGUCACGAUUUGAAGGGAUGAGGGUGGUGGUCAAUGCCCUCGUGGGAGCCAUCCCUUCCAUCAUGAAUGUUCUGCUCGUCUGCCUCAUCUUCUGGCUCAUCUUCAGCAUCAUGGGAGUGAACCUGUUUGCUGGGAAGUUUGGGAAGUGCAUUAAUAAGACGGAAGGAGAUAUGCCUUUAGACUCUAAAAUUAUUAACAACAUGAGUGACUGCAUACUGUAUAACGUGUCAGGCACAUUUUACUGGACAAAAGUUAAAGUUAACUUCGAUAAUGUUGGUGCUGGGUACCUGGCACUGCUGCAAGUGGCCACAUUUAAAGGCUGGAUGGAUAUUAUGUAUGCAGCAGUGGAUUCACGAGAGUACGAGGAACAGCCUGAAUGGGAAUAUAAUUUAUACAUGUACCUGUACUUUGUGAUUUUCAUCAUCUUUGGGUCUUUCUUCACAUUGAACCUCUUCAUUGGUGUCAUCAUUGACAAUUUUAACCAACAAAAGAAAAAGAUAAGUGGCCAGGACAUUUUUAUGACAGAAGAACAGAAAAAGUACUAUAAUGCAAUGAAAAAGCUGGGAUCUAAGAAACCUCAAAAGCCAAUCCCAAGGCCACUGAACAAAUACCAAGGUUUUAUUUUUGAUGUCGUCUCAAAACAAGCCUUUGAUGUCUCCAUCAUGAUUCUCAUCUGCCUUAACAUGGUUACCAUGAUGGUGGAAACGGAUGACCAAAGUCAAGAAAAAGUCAACAUCCUCCAUAAAAUCAACAUGCUUUUUGUUGCCAUCUUCACUGGAGAGUGCAUCUUCAAAAUGCUGGCUCUGCGACACUACUACUUCACCAAUGGCUGGAACAUAUUUGACUUUGUGGUUGUGAUUCUGUCCAUCGUAGGCACUGUACUUUCUGACAUCAUCCAGAAAUAUUUCUUCUCUCCCACACUCUUCAGAGUCAUUCGUUUGGCUCGGAUUGGCCGGAUCCUAAGACUCAUCCGGGGAGCCAAAGGAAUUCGAACUCUCCUGUUUGCCUUAAUGAUGUCCCUACCUGCUCUGUUCAACAUUGGUCUCUUGCUUUUUCUGGUCAUGUUCAUUUAUGCCAUUUUUGGCAUGGCUAACUUUGCCUAUGUUAAGAAGGAGCAUGGGAUUGAUGACAUGUUCAACUUCCAAACCUUCGCUAACAGCAUGCUCUGUCUCUUCCAAAUCACAACGUCAGCUGGAUGGGAUAGUCUUCUCAACCCUAUUUUAAACACUGGACCACCAUAUUGCGACCCAAACCUUCCUAAUGCAAAUGGUUCAAAGGGAAACUGUGGAAGCCCUGCUGUAGGGAUUUUAUUCUUUGUUACAUAUAUCAUUAUAUCAUUUCUCAUUGUUGUAAACAUGUAUAUAGCCAUUAUUUUAGAGAACUUCAGUGUAGCCACUGAGGAAAGUACAGAGCCUCUAAGCGAGGAUGAUUUUGAUAUGUUCUAUGAAAUCUGGGAGAAGUUUGACCCUGAAGCCACUCAGUUUAUUGAGUAUUCUGCACUUUCAGACUUUGCAGACGCGCUAUCAGAACCUUUGCGCAUAGCGAAACCAAACAAAAUCAAACUCAUAGCGAUGGACCUGCCCAUGGUCAGCGGAGACAGGAUCCAUUGCUUGGAUAUUUUGUUUGCUUUUACGAAAAGGGUGCUAGGAGAAUCCGGAGAGAUGGAUGCCCUUAAAAUACAGAUGGAAGAAAAGUUCAUGGCGGCGAAUCCGUCUAAGAUCUCUUACGAACCGAUUACAACAACUCUCAGGCGGAAGCAAGAAGAGGUCUCUGCCAUCGUCAUCCAGAGGGCCUACAGGAGACAUUUGUUCCGGCGCUCCAUGAAGCAGGCAUCUUACUUGUACCGGCACAGAACUUUGGAGAGCAGCAUCCUCGAGGACGAUGCACCCGAGAAGGAGGGUCUUAUUGCGUUCAUGAUGAACGAGAACUACGGCAGGCCAAUAGACAAAUCCGAAACUCUGUCCUCCACCUCUUUCCCUCCAUCCUACGACAGCGUCACCAGGGGCACGAGCGAUAAUCUCCAGCUGAAGAUAACGGACGUGAGCAAAAGCGACGAGGCUAUGGAUUGUCUUCUCUCGCCAGACAAGGAUAAGGAAUCAAUUGUUUAAAUGUUUGUUUAGAAUGCUUUAAAAUAUUGUUUACAGAAUGUAAUGCUGUAACUACACAACGAUUGAAGCAGCCUUCUUAUUAAAAAUUAGUUGCAAAAGAAACAAUGGAGUUUUUACCCUUAACUACGGGAGUCUAAUAAGUCAUAUAACCUUUGACCCUGCUCUUUUUGACUUGGUUCAAUAUUUAUAUUUAUAUAUGCACAGGAAGAAUCUUUGCAGGGUCAUAGCUGUUAUAUCAAUGGUGUGAAUAAGAAUAGGCUAGACUGUAAAACAGUAAACACAGUGUAUAUCUAUCCACAGAUAAAGCCUGGCUGUAUAAAUUCAUUUAAGGUCUUACUCAUAUUAGUGUGUUUACUUAUGGCGAUGUAUGACCUUGCAUUCUAAAAAGAAAAAAAAAAUAUCACAGCUGCUGUAGCAAAAUGUAACACUUACUGUAUAUGUUGUGAAUGGUCUUUCAUAAAUUUAUUAUAUUUGAUAUUUUUUUACUUAAAAAAAAAGUCUCUUUUUCCAUGGAGAUUAUUGAUCCUUACACUCUUCAUGAUGAACUCUGAGUUAAGGUAAUAGGAACUUGUGGGAUCCCCAUCGCUUGAAGAGGAAAGUUGUUGCAAAUAAAAUUAUCAAAUUAGCAACAUUUAAACUGUUUAUUACACUAAGCCGUCCCUCUUGGGCCUUGCAGCUGCACGUCAGCAGAAACACACAAAAAAACACCAGAACAGCAAAUGAUGUCAAAACAAUGAGAGAAAUGGCUUGUUCUGUCCUUCAGGAAACUAGACAGUAAUGGAUCCUGUUUGUAAAACUGUUAAUAAAAGCACUAAUUUUUUAGUAUGUUUCAAGAUUCUGCUUCGAAAUCCGCAAUCAAACUCGCCAUAGAAGUAGCGCAUCACGUUUGUGUGUAGUGCUCCAAAGCACCAUCUAUGCUGGCAAAGUUUCUGUUAAGGUAGUGGGAUAGGAUAUGUUUUCCCCAGGAACACUGAGCUAAGCAGCCUUAUUGGGAUCUCUGUGCAUCAAUAUUGCUCACAAAAAUACUACUACUACUACUAAUAAUAAUCAAUCAAUGCCAACUGGGCCGUACAGAACGGCUGUGACAGUGUGAUCAAGAAGGUGGGAGGGGAAUUGCCUCUGGAUCUGUACAUAAAUUUUGAGGUUUUGAAUCCUGUUUACUCAGUGUCCAUCUUUCAUUUUCUCAGAUGGUACAGUUAGAUUUCUGGGGAAGGACAAGAAAUACAGGAACCAAUAAAAAGAAUCUACUAGAUAAUAGAUAUAUCCUCAUUCCUGUAGGCAAAGUAAUAUUUACAGUUGAUGUGUCCCUCAGCUUCAGGCCAAAGAAAUGACAGUGGGGUGAAAGGUGGAUGUGUGGCUGUAGAAAAGUAUUAGAGGUUUUACGUGCUAACAUAGAUUAUUAUUUAUUAUUAAUCUUUCAGCCUCGAUAGAAUGUGAGAAAUUAUUUAUGGAAUAUAGAGACAAGUCCAUCACUACAGACAAGUUCUUUCUUUUUCACUUUCAGACUGAUUGUACUUGGGUUUGGUUGGACUUCAUGGAAAAUCUUGAGAUUUCUGUAAUGAGCCAUUGCACUUUAAGGAAGAGUAACUGUGCUUUUCACCUUGGAGAAGCAAAGAUAUCAAGAAUGUAUUUAAGGUGUAUUGUCAUUAACAUUUAGUUACAUCCCAGGUUGUAUAGGAGUCAAAAACCACGUGGGGUUGGCAACAAGAAUUAAAACAACAUGUUACAGUCAAGUUUAUCUAUGGCCAUUGUUAUCUGUCCUCUAAACAAGUCAGAAUAUGUAAGACAACAUGUCAAAAGGAUGACAAUGUAUCUGUGUAAAUAUGGGCUAAUAAUAUUCUCUCCAUUCAUUGAGAGGUGUCUCAGGCAUUCACUUGAGAGUGGUCUAUUGGUUAAUUCAGAGGAUUUGCCAUCAGGAUUCCUGGGGUCUAUUCCUGAUUCUUACUACAUGAUUUUUAGGCAAAUAAUUUAACCUAUCUGUGCCUCAGUUUACCCAUCUGUAAAAUGGGAAUAAUAAUACUUACCUACCUCACAGGGGUGUUGUAAGACUUUCUGGUUGCAAAGUGCUAUAAGGGAAUGAACCGUACUAUAUAAGUAUUAUUAUAAUCAUGCUCUCUUGCCCUUUUAACCCCAUGUCUAUGGUGUAUAACAUAGGGCUGUUCCUCUGGGCAUUUUGUUGCCUUUAAAUCUUGUAUGUAAUUAGAUUCUAACUUAAGGGGACUACUCUUCGUUCCUUGAAGUGAAAACUCUCUUUAUUCUUUCCCCCCUCCCCACCCCUAACCUCCCCUGAAAAAAACAGAAUUGCUCAAGGCUUCUCAAAUUAGAGAAACUUUAUACAAAUUCCCUGUGUAUUUAUGCUGUAAUGUUAUUCUGACUGUACAUAUCACCCAGAAAGAGUAUGCGAUUUUUAUAUUUAUAUGCAUAUAUAUAUAUAUACACACAUACGUAUAUCUAUACAUAUAUAUGUAUCUUGUGAGUUUAUAGAGUGGCUGACACUCAGAGGACACGACUUACUGAUUAAAAUGUUUUCUCCUCAAUGGGAUUUAUUGAUCAUUAGCAACAAGCUGCUGCCUAUAAUGAAACUGUUUAAUUAGAAAAUAGUACAUUCAUUACUUGCUGAACAAGCAUUUAUUGGCUGACAACUAGUAAAAUUAUUUUCCUUUCAAAGCUUUAAAAUAAAAAAAAAAAAAAGAGGGAAAAAUGCUAAGAAAAAGUAGAAUUUCUCAUGUGAUUUUUUUUCACUUACAAUGUAAACUGUUUGAAACCCAAGGAAAAUGCCAGCCUGCACUCAGAAGUGUGUUGUUGGUCAUGCUGUUUUUAAAAUAUUUUUGUUAUUUUCAACUUAUAUUAGAAAAUAUUCAACUGCUGUUCUUAUUAAGAGUCAGGCCCAGUAAUGAACGGGAUGUAAAGAGACAAUUAGCUGGUCACUGAUUAUAUUAGAGAAGUGCUCUUCCUCUGGUCAUUUCACUCUUGAGUUGAACAUUUUAGUGUCAUUGCUGUGAGACCCUAUAGUACUGAUGCAAUUAGAAAUGGUUCUGUCUUUUACCCAAAACCUGUAAAAAAAAGAAAAAAAAUGUAAUGCAAAAAAAGUCUGAAAGAUGGGUCUUAACUCUAGAUGUUUACAGUGCAACUUUCUAAAACUGAAUUGUAAAUUCCUUUCAAAACCUUUGUAACUGGAAGGUUGGUUUUCUAUUGGGUUUUCUAUUGUUUUGUGGCGCAUUUCUUUAGAGAUGAAGAGGAAAUGGUAUCUUUGUAUGGUUACGGAACUCCCCUAGAAAAUGUCAUAUAACCUCACUUGUAGAUCCUUAUUAAUGGAGAUGCCAAUCCAAAUCCAGCCAUGAUACAACCUCCCAGUGCAGUGAUUUAGUUUAAGACACUAACUCAAUAGUUGGCCCACACUGUCUAUAAGCAUGGUGAGUGCUACCAUUCUUUUCUGUUGAUUCGUUCAAUAAAGGCAACCACAUGAAUCACUCAAGCUACAAAAAGAGCAAGGAAAAUAUCAGCCAAUAUCAUAGGACAUAUUAAGCUGUUUGUACCUGGAAAAAUUCAAGUUUAUUAUGUUUCUUUAUUAAAUAAAUAAGGAUAACAAAUA